AUGGCAGCAUCAUAUAGCAACAAUUUCCUCAGUCAGCACAAACACAUCAUCCAGCACUCUAACAACCACGUCAUCCAGUACUCUAACAACCACGUCAUCCAGUACUCUAACAACCACGCCAUCCAGCACUCUAACAACCACGUCAUCCAGUACUCUAACAACCACGUCAUCCAGUACUCUAACAACCACGUCAUCCAGCACUCUAACAACCACGUCAUCCAGCACUCUAACAACCACGUCAUCCAGUACUCUAACAACCACGUCAUCCAGCACUCUAACAACCACGUCAUCCAGUACUCUAACAACCACGUCAUCCACUCUAACAACCACGUCAUCCAGUACUCUCAACACGUCAUCCAGCACUCUAACAACCACGUCAUCCAGUACUCUAACAACCACGUCAUCCAGUACUCUAACAACCACGUCAUCCAGUACUCUAACAACCACGUCAUCCAGCACUCUAACAACCACGUCAUCCAGUACUCUAACAACCACGUCAUCCAGCACUCUAACAACCACGUCAUCCAGUACUCUAACAACCACGUCAUCCAGUACUCUAACAACCACGUCAUCCAGCACUCUAACAACCACGCCAUCCAGUACUCUAACAACCACGUCAUCCAGUACUCUAACAACCACGUCAUCCAACACUCUAACAACCACGUCAUCCAGUACUCUAACAACCAUGUCAUCCAGCACUCUAACAACCACGUCAUCCAGUACUCUAACAACCACGUCAUCCAGUACUCUAACAACCACGUCAUCCAGCACUCUAACAACCACGUCAUCCAGUGCUUUAACAACCACGUCAUCCAGCACUCUAACAACCACGUCAUCCAGUACUCUAGCAACCACGUCAUCCAGUGCUCUAAGAACCACGUCAUCCAGUACUCUAACAACCACGUCAUCCAGUACUCUAACAACCACGUCAUCCAGCACUCUAACAACCACGUCAUCCAGUACUCUAACAACCACGUCGUCCAGUACUCUAACAACCACGCCAUCCAGCACUCUAACAACCACGUCAUCCAGUACUCUAACAACCACGUCAUCCAGUACUCUAACAACCACGUCAUCCAGUACUCUAACAACCAUGUCAUCCAGUGCUCUAACAACCACGUCAUGCAGUACUCUAACAACCACGUCAUCCAGUACUCUAACAACCACGUCAUCCAGCACUCUAACAACCACGUUAUCCAGUACUCUAACAACCACGUCAUCCAGUGCUCUAACAACCACGUCAUCCAGUGCUUUAACAACCACGUCAUCCAGUACUCUAACAACCACGUCAUCCAGUACUCUAACAACCACGUCAUCUAGUACUCUAACAACCACGUCAUCCAGCACUCUAACAACCACGUCAUCCAGUACUCUAACAACCACGUCAUCCAGUACUCUAACAACCACAUCAUCCAGCACUCUAACAACCGCGUCAAUCGCACGUACUCUAACAACCACAUCAUCCAGCAAUCUAACAACCACGUCAUCCAGCACUCUAACAACCACAUCAUCCAGCACUCUAACAAUCACAUCAUCCAGCACUCUGACAACCACAUCAUCCAGCACUCUAACAACCACGUCAUCAGCACUCUAACAACCACGUCAUCCAGACUCUAA